AUGAAUGAUUCUGAUGUAAAUCAUCAAGUUUCUAUCCUGAAAGCUCUACGUAGACGAUCACUAUCGCAAGGCCAGCGUACUGCAAUUGAUCCUGAUCUACCACCGACCAAACAAGAAAUUCAAAAUGAUAAAGCUUUGAAUCAAUAUUGGGUCCCUGCUUCUGCUCACCCAGAGACUACCACCCAUCCAAAUGAAUUCAAUCAUUACGUUUCCAAUCACUCUCCUACACCAUCAAACUCAGGCUCUCUUAGCAGGAUUAGAUCCUCCAGCUCUCAUGGCUCUUCACUCUCCCGUAGAAAGUCAAAGCUAUCAAGACAAUACACUCCAACUGAGGAUGACGGCGUUGGCGAUAAUGAUUUCAUAUCCCCAUCCUCCUCCAAGCCAAGUUCUCUUAAUUUGCUCCAAUCUCUCACAGAAGAGACUUCAAAUGAAAUGUCUCAAUCAAAUGAUGAGAAUUAUCAUGUUAAAAAUGAUAAUUAUACUUCUAAACCCAAAAAACUCAAAAAUGGCUCAAGAGUUGCGGUACCGUCAUAUCAAAUUGAUUCCGAAAUUUUCUCAUCGGACCAUAGACCACCACCACGCCUCGACUUGUCCUUCAACCAUAGCCUUCUUGAUCAUCCUAUCAAGGAUGAUAGACCUCUAUCCACUCUCACGAAUGAUAUCUUUGACGCCUAUGCUAUGGGUAAUGAACGUGGCUCAUUCAGUUCUGUCUCUUCUGCUAUUUCUUCAGAGAAUACUCACCCUUUCGAACACGACUUACGACUUGACCAAUCUCAUUCUCACGAUAGUUAUACUCACGAUAAUCAGAUUCACGACACUCAAUUACACACCGAAGAUGAUGAUGCCCAGACCAUUCAUGGCUCUCCAAAUCAAAACAAGCAAGAUACUCUCAAGAUUGUCAAUACCAAUGUUUCACCUUCAAAGAGUUCUCUGAAUACUCCAAACACUCUCAGGAACAACUCUAUAUCCUCCACUGAAGACACAAACGAGUCUAAUGAAUCCACAUCAGAAGAGAUAUCAGAGUCAGUUGAAACGGGUGAAAGUUACGAAACGAUAUCCAGUGAACACGUUGACAAUGCCUACAUGGUAACAAAGUCUUUGAAAAACAGGGUUCAACCACCGACACCAAUACCAAGCGAAAUACCCCCACCAACUUCAAAUCCAAUGAAGAUGUCGAUGGAUCUCUCAGUAGGCUCGCUUAUACCGGAAUUUCCCGCACAGACUAGACAUACCAAUAUCAAUAAUAUCAAUACUAACAUAAAAAAGAUUGAUAGUGUGAACAGCUUUCCAAAUGUUGACCAAAUGCUAUUCGAACCUUCGAGACCUGCUCCUGAACCUCCAACUCCAAUAAUCUUUUCUGAUCUUCCUUCUCGGAACAACCCAUCUCCUACACCUUCAACUGGCUCGUCUACCUCAAAGAAGAAGGGAUGGAAUUGGCUCAAAGAGAAGGAAAGAGCUAGGAAUGAACGUGCACUGAAAAUGAAAGAACUCAAAGAUGCCAAAGUUAGAGAAAAGCUUGAGUUAAAGGAGAAGGAGAAGCGUGAACGAGAAGAACGUCUAGCACGUGAGAAGGAGAAACGUCGUGAGAUGGAAGAGAAAGAAAAGGCUAAAGCUAAAUCUAAGAGUGACAUGAAAGUGCGCGAGCGUGAAAAAAGAGAUAAAGAGAAAAAGGAGCGUGAGUUGAAGAAGGAGAAUGACUUAAAGGUCGCUCGCGAGGAAAAAGAGAAGAAGGAGCGUGAGGAGAAAGAGAAAAAAGACCGAGAAGAAAAAGAGCGGAAGGAGCGGGAACUUCAGAAGAAAGAGCGCGAAGAAAACGAAAAGAGGGAGCGUGAAUCUGCCAAGAAGGAGCGUGAAGAUCGUGAAAAGAACGAGCGCGAGGAGAAAGAAGCCAAAAUGAAAGAAGAGCGCGAAGCCAAGGAAGCCAAACUCAAAAGCGAUCGUGAGGAAAAGGAAUCUAAAGCUAGAGAGGCGCGCGAGGCUGAGGAGAGUAAACUUCAACGCGAUCGUCAAGAACAAGAAGCUCGAGAAGCCGAAUCUGAAGCCAAAGCCAAGGCUGAAAGAGAGGAUAGAGAAAUCCAGAUGAAAGCUGAGCGCGAGGAGAUGGAACAACGAAAAAUGAAGGAGCGCGAAGAAGAGCAAAGUAAGCUCAAAAAAGAACUGGAAGAGUUGGAGGAAAAGCUCAAGAAGGAGCAAGAAGAGAAGGAGGAAGAGGAGAGACUCAUGAAGGAACGUUUAGAGCAAGAGGAGAUUAUAAAGAAGGAGCGUGAAGCUGAAGCCAAACUCAGACAAGAACUUGAAGAGCAAGAAAAUGCUCUGAAGAGAGAGAUCGAAGAGAGAGAACAGCGUGAGGAAGAACUUCACCGACAGCUUGAAGAAGAGGGGCAGCUCGAGAGAGAGCGUGAAGAAGAGCAGCUUCAAAAAGAACGUGAAGAGGCUGAACUCGAACUCCAAAGAGAGCGUGAGAAGGAGGAGCGUCUUAAAGAGCUUGCAGAAGCUGAGCUUGAUAAUCAGAGAGAGCUUGAAGAGAAGCAGCUUCAGAAAGAACUCGCUGAUGCUGAGAUCGAGCUCCAGAAAGCACGUGAGGAGGAAGAAGAAAAUGCAAAAAAGGAGCGCGAUGAGACCAAGAAAGUGGAGAGUGAUAAACAGAAGAAAGAGUCCGAAAAGAAGCCCAAAGAGAAAAGACUUAAACCAUCCUUCAAGCUUAAGAAAUCUGAUUCCGCAGCGUCAUCUAAGUCAAGCAAAGAGGCAGCAAAGCAGGCAACCAAGGCCAAAGAGCAGGAGCGCGCUCGGGACAAGGAAGCGGCCAAGGAACGCAAAGAGGCAGCAAAGAUUGCCGCAGCUCAGUCACGUGAAGCUGCUAAGAAUACUCAAUCAUCUCAUAUAGGAUUCGUUGGCACUUUGUUCGGAUCAAAGAAGAAGAGCAGCAGCAGUCUGAAGUCUAAUUCUACUAAAUCCUCAACAAGUGAUCAGCCAAAAGAGAAAAAGAAGAAAGACAAGGGUAAGAAGGAGAAGAAAGCCAAUGAUUCGGAACAAAAGCCUCAAGCACCGGCUAACAUGUUUGACUAUCGCUAUCCUAUCCAAAUCGAACGUGCUAUUUACAGAUUGAGUCACCUCAAGCUCGCUAAUCCACGCCGGUCACUUUACGAGCAAGUAUUAAUUAGCAACUUCAUGUUCUGGUAUUUAUCAAUAGUGAAUCACCAGAAUCAGAGGCAGGUUGAAGCUAGACACAGACAAGAUGACCAGAUUGAGGUGCACAGACAGGAGGAGUUUGUCGAGAAUGCGGACCAAAACAGCUUUGUAAAUUACGAAGCUUCGAGUGUGUUGACAUCUUCACCUACACCUCAAAACUCGCCGACGCAUCCAUCCGUACCGGACUCACCUCCAACUCCAGCUUUGUCAGGCGAAAUUCCCCUUCCUCACGAGGAGCAUGGAGAGGAAUCUGAAGAGAAACAUCCUUUGGCUCUCAAUGAAGGUAGCGAGGAAGAUUUAACGGAGGAGACACUGUCAUCACUUACGAGUGAUAUAAUACAAGAAAUAGAAAUUGGUGAGCCAGUUUUACCUGCUCAAGCAACCAUGAAGGGACCGGAACGAGCUACAACUACUGCAAAAGCACCAUCGCCAUCACCUUCUCCACCUGAGAUUCUACCUGAAGAUGUACAAGAAGUUAUCGCACCACCUGAAUCGGUGUCUUCAGGUUCACCUUCACCCCCGAUGGCACUUGAUUCACCUAUUGAGCUGGAAGAGGCGCGUAUGUCACCAUUAGCAUCGUUUGAAGAUCAGAUCCAAAGACCAAGUGAUCCACCAGUCGAGCGUCAAGAAGAGAUGCAAAAGGAGCAGAAGCAAAAGCAAAAGCAGAGGGAGUCAGUAAUAGCUGAGCCUCCUGUAUCUUUACCUGUAAUGACACAACCAGCGCGUCCAGAGACACCUCCUCAGCAACCACCUUCACCAGUUACAAUACCAGCAUCACCAGCUCAGCCACACCAUGCACCAGCUCAACCAUCGCGACCACCAUCAACUGCACGACAAUUAUUGAAUAUUGUGACACAGCAGCCUUCAAGAUCACCAUCACCGGGACCAUCACCCUCAUCUGUACCUGCACCCGUUUCAUCACCUGUAGCCUCACCGGGACCAUCACCACUUACGCAGAACAAUCAACAGAGAAGCGCAUCUCCAACACCAAAGAGAAACAGACUUACAAAGAUGGUAAGCACAGGUAGCUUUAGAGGGGAGAUUGGUAUGAAGCAACCAUCGUACGAAGAUCCGUACAAAAUGUUGGAUAAGCCGAAGCAAUCGCCGCAUUCAUUGACGUACUCUUCGCCAACGCAGUCGCAGUCACAGACAGUGAUGCAACCAUCUUCACCUAGACAGCAGUUUCCAGGAAUGAUACAGCAACCAUCACCUAGACAGCAGUCUCCAGGUAUAAUACAUCAACCAUCUUCACCUAGACAGCAAUCUCCAGGUAUGUUGCAGUUACCAUCACCAAGGCAGCAGUCUCCAGGUAUGAUGCAUCAACCUGCAAGACAACAGUCGCCAGUAAUGAUGUACCAACAUCCAAGACAACAGUCGCCAGUAAUGAUGCACCAACCUCCACGACAACAAUCACCAGUUAUGAUGCAUCAACCUCCAAUACAACAAUCAUCAUACAUAUUACAACAACCACCAAGACAACAAGGGUCACCGAUAAUGCGUACACCAUCGCCUGCCCAAAUGCAAGAAUACCAACAAGCGCAAUUCGAACAACAACAAGCACCUGGAGGAUCACAAAUGUACGGACCAUCACCAUCACCACCACCAGUGCCAUCACAUUCACCUAGUCCAAUGCAACAAACGCAACAACAGAAUCAAGGAUUUGGGAUGCAUGGAUGGGGAGUGUAUCAACAGAAUUCGCAGCAUCAUCAGCAAUUAAUGAAACAGCAGGCGUAUAUGCAUCAACAGCAAGUACAACAACAGCAACAACAACAGGAGUUGCAGCAGCAAAGGUAUAUAAAUGCGAUGGCUAUACAGGAAGUACGUCGUGGGUCGUGGUCGCCUGGGUCACAGAUGCAACAACAACAACAGCAGUACCAACAACAACAACAGUACCAACAGCAGCAUUAUAGUCAGCAGCAGCCACCACCACCACAACAACCACAACAUCAACAUUACCAACAGCAACAACCACACCAAAACUCACAAGACUCACAGCAACGUUCACAUAAAUCCAAGUACUUACCAUCGCGUUCAAGUUCAGCUUCAAAUGUACCAACGCAGAAUAAUGUUGGACGUCGACCAAGUUUACCACAUCUACAAACGUUGGGAGUAGAUGAGAGAAUAACGGCAAGUUCAGCACCUAGUUCACCGGCAUCAACGGGGUUUGUAAUUGAAGACGCCCCGACUUUACCAGCGAUGACAUAUGAGAAUUUGUAA